UGAAAGAAGAAUGUUGAUUUGCAGUUCAAGCAACUAGUCUCAGAUUUCUGCGUAUUGUAAACUGAAGAAAUGAUGCAUGUACAGAAGACUGAGCCAAUGUUGUCCAGCCUAAAGGGAUUUUUCUGGCUUAGUCUCUUUGAGCUUCUGUAUAGUAGUUCAGGCAUUUUCAGUCAAGAAAUAACCAAUAUCUCAGCCAGAGAAGGAGAUGAAGCCAGGCUUCCUUGCGGCUACAAAAUCUCUGAAGGCAAAACGCUAGAAUCUUACUACAUCUACUGGCAAAAGCCUAUCUCUGGUAAACCAGACCUGGUUGUGAUUUCUUACAAGCAUGGUAAAGAAUCUGAAUCUGAGAAGGACAUACUUUACAAGAACAGAACAAAGAUGGAUAAGCAUAAUCUUACACUUUCAAUCUCCCCAGUGAAACUAUCAGAUACAGGCAUAUAUAAAUGUAUUGCCAUAUUGAAAAAUUAUGAAGGUGAAGGAGCUGCCAAUUUAUCUGUGAUAGCUCCAUUUAGUAAGCCUAUCAUCAAGUACAAUUCAUCCAGGAAUCUUUGUGACCCAACAGAGUUGACACUGAGCUGUGUGUCUCAUGGAGGCUCUUCAUGGCCGAAGAUGUAUGGAUUUGUCAAUAAUAAGGCGGUGCACUGGACCUCUGUUGUUGCAUAUAACAAUGAUUCUAAACUUUUUAAUAUCACUGGCACCUUGCAGUUAAAUGUGACAGAAAAUAUGUUGGUCCAGUGCUCAGUUGGAUUUUCAGAUUUCCAAGUGUCUACCAACGAUAGCUUGAAUAUGACAAUGGAGUGUUCUAAACCUACAUUGCCACCAUGGACUUCUCCACCAUUUGGGAUCAUCAUUUCUUCAUCAGUGAUCCUGAUUUUCCUUCUAGUUGUGAUAAUGCUAGUAACACACUUAUACUAUUUUCGCAAUCGUCCAAGGCCCUCCACCACACAUCAGCCACUGGCAACAGAUGAAAUGGUACUCCAGGACCUCUCUAAUGGGCAGACACCUUCAGGGCUGAGGAGAUCUCCACUCUGAUAUUGAGUUGCAGCUCAACUUAUUUUGCUAGCAGAUUCCAAUAUUCAGCUGGGAUGAAGAAUUCUAAACAGGAUUUAAUGGUGACUAUAAACCACAGACUCAUAUUUGAAGAUUUCCCUUUACAUAACGAAGGAACACUGGUGAUAACUUUGCAUGGACUUGAAAGUUAAUCGUGACUGCACCUGGGAAAGUCUUGGUUGGGAGACCACCACAGAAUGCCAAGUUGUAAACAAAAUUGGGAAGCUGAAAAAAACAAGGUAGUGCAAAUCACUUCCAGACUGCUGUGAAGAAAACUGAGGUGUUCUCUCUUGUAGUGGGUUCUGUCCAUCAUUAAUGCAAUGGUAUUGUUCUUUGACUAAAAGUAACAUGACUUUAGGAUUUGUUUUUUUAGUGUUUUGCAUGGACUGUUUUGGUCUUAUUUAUAAAGGAUGGUAUGUAAGCUCAGAGUUAAUAACAAUUGGAGCAGCAUAUAAGCCCAAUAAAUAAAUAAAUCUCUGUUUGUACCCAUGUAGUCACCAGGAGUACAACGCAACUCAGGAGCCGUUUAAAAAAAAAAUCUACUGUACUGUAAAGUAAUGCCCUGGAAAAUCUACAAUUAGUCCAAAAUUCAUUAAUAUUUGUGAACUGAUCCUUGCAAUUCAUGGUUUUAGUGUAAUGAAGAGAUGUUCUCAUAUUUCAUAGUCAUUCCAUGCAUUUAGUAGCAGCAGAAUGCAAGCUAUUAAUAUUGUUGUGAAACGUGGUAAUUCCUAGGAAUAAUUCUGUGCCUGCUACGUAGGUAAAUGUAGUUUCUCAUUUUGGAAACUUCCCUUAAAUGGAACUUGAACAUGAAUAACCCUGCUCAUUUGUAAUGAAAACACCAAAGAAAUUAUAUAGCUUAACUUGGUGCUAUGAGAUAAUCCAGAAUUAAUAAACAACCUAUGGAAAAUUUGGAUGGAAGCCAGGAUUUGAUCAAAUAAUAAUGAAAAUGAUGAAUUUUUAUGUUUCCACUUUAAAGGACAAAUAUUAUAUGCUGAGUAUGGCUUGGCAAUUACAUUUAUUGACUUACAAUUUGGACCUAUGGUGUUUUCAUCCUUGGAAACAUUGUAUCUACAAUUUAUUAUUAAAUCAAACGACAUAACACCCCCACCCCUUCCUGGCCUUACUCUGUAAAAUUCAGUUGGUGAUUAAUCAGUUCAAUGUGCAAACUUCAAUAGCUGAUUCCAAUAGAAGAGUAUAGCUGAAUAGAAUAAAUAGAGAUUGCCUAUAUAAUGUAAAGGGUUGCUGACAUCAAUUCUAAAAACAUCUAUAGAUCUUAGAUUACAUCUUAUGCAACAAAAAAUAGUAUUUCAGACCUAUUAGACUCCACUGCAUUUUUUGAAGAAACUUCAUCAUGCUGGAGAUGACCUCAGAUUAAUGCUUCAUGUAAAUGUUUGUACUAUAAUUUUUUCCAUUUUAGAGGAAGUAAUUACAUAUAUUAUUCAAUUUUGAGACAAGCUUUAUAUUCUCAAGUGUUCAUAUUCUUUUUAACUGUAAUCCUAUCACAUGGGAAUUGACAUCAAGACAAAGAAAGUAGACUCUCCAUGUCAUGCUGACAAGACUUACUCUUCAGCACUGGAAAGAUAAAUAUAUGGCCCUAAUUAUGCAAUGGGCUGAAUUGAUGUUGGUAGCUUAUGAAUCACUUACCAGCAUAAAUUAUACAUGGAUAAUUGCAAUGACAUGUUUAUGUAGAAUUUUUAUAUACUGUAUGUAUAUAUAUAUAUCUGUCAGUAUAUAUGCCCUGUAUUUUUUAA